AUGACUUGCCAAGCACAGCUUCAGAGCUACCACUUUUCAGGCACCAACUAUGGACUGGAGAUCGGCCAGAACUCUGGCAGUGUUUCCGCCCAGUUCCAUCUUCCUCCAGAGCGACCCGAAACCCCGCCGAGCCCAUUAUCCACCGUCCCCUUUUUGCGGAACCCUGACUAUGUUGACUGUGGGUCGCUGGUGGAUAAGCUCGAUGCGAUCUGUGCGGUGCCGGCUUCUAGGACAGCGAUUGUAGGCCUCGGGGGACUUGGCAAAUCGCAGUUGGCGAUUGAGUACUCCUACCGGGUGCGGGAGAGGUCACCGGAGACGUGGGUGCUAUGGAUUCAUGCCAGCAACACAGUCCGUCUGGAAUUGAGCUACCGAGAACUGGCGGACCGGCUCAAGAUCUACGGGCGCCGCCAUCCGCAGGCCAACAUAUUCGAGCUGAUCAGUAGCUGGCUGAACGACGCCCGCCAUGGCCGGUGGAUCUUGAUCCUGGACAACCUCGAUGACGAGCACAUGCUCUUCAAACCUUUACAACCUCGCGGAUCACUUGCUGAUGCGGCGGCGGCGACGGCGAAGGAUGUCGGGGCAGCCCGACCGCUCAUUGCGUUGCUCCCCACAUGUCCCAAUGGAGCCAUCAUCGUCACCACGCGGAAUAGAAACGUCGCCAUCAAUCUCGGGUAUGAACGGAACAUUCUGACCAUCAACCCGAUGAGCGAAACUUCCGGGCUGGCGCUCCUUCGGAAAAAGCUUCCGAUUGGUGACGAAGGCAGCUUGAGUGAAGCGCGCCUGCUUCUCCGGACCCUCGAGUUCAUCCCCCUGGCGAUCAUGCAGGCGAUCGCUGUGAUCAGAUCGCGAGACCCCCGGGGCUCGAUUCUGCAGUACCGCGAAGAGCUCGGGAGGAAUCUUCGCCUUCUGGACCACGAGGCUCAUGAGGCCCAUGCGCAGCGGGACUAUGAAGCCGAUAACUCCAUUCUGGGGACGUGGAAGAUCUCGUUCGAGUAUAUCAGGCGAGCGCGAUGGUCCGCCGCCAGGUUGCUCGCCGUGAUGAGCUUCUACAAUCACCAGGGCAUUCCCGAGUGCCUUCUCCGAGGCUUCGACGACGACGACGACGACAGGUUUCAUCAGGCUACUACCGAUGGAACCUGGGAUUGCCGGUUGACUGGUGUGCCUGAUGAUGAGAAUGACGAUGGCGCAGAUGGUGAAAGCGGCGACGAAGCCGCAGAUGGCGGCACUAAGAAGAAUGAUGACUUUGAAGCGGACAUCCGAAUCCUGCGCGACUUCUCGUUCCUCUCGGUUACACACGAUAAACACAUUUUUCAAUCCCACAGGCUGGUGCAACGGGCGAUCAAAAGGUGGCUGGAGGCGCGGGAGCCUGAAAUGGGCUCGCAAAGGAUCGCGUUGCGCAGUCUCGAUCGCAACUUUCCGUUCAGUGACUACGUUAAUGUGGAGAGUUGCCGGCUUUUGUUUCCGCACCUCAGGAAAGCCAUUCGGACAAGGCCCUCGACUCCGGAGGCAACCGCAGCUUGGCUGAGUUUGCUUAUGAAAGGCGCGGGCUACGCCUUCACCGUCGGAAACUGGAAGGAGGCGGGCCGCAUGGGUUCCAUGCUGAGAUUGUGGGGAGCGCAGAACCUCGGUGAGCCCGGCAACAUAGCCACUACCUUUAUGGGUGGUCUUUAUCAAGCAUGGGCCGAAUGUAUGCGACAUAGACUGCCAGUGGCUGAAAGGCUACUGGCGCGAUCGGUGAAGAUCGCCAAAGAAAGUUUGGGAGAGGACCACCCACAGACGUGGGAAACUAUGCUCGAGCUCGCAGACAUGUAUAGCUGGGCAGGGCGCUUCCUGGAGGCUCAAGCACUCAGAGUCGAAGUGGCACAUAGAGACGGAGCUGUUGAUAGUGGGCACAGUAAUGAGUUGGCACUCUCGGCCACCAAUGGCGACAGCCAGCAUGGAGAAUCCAGCCAGAUGGAGCAGAUGUUAUCAUCUGUACUUCGUGCAACUAAGCAGAUGAUGGGACUCGAGCACCCGUUGGCAUUCCAUCAUAGUCUCAAUCUGGUCGAUAUUUACAUGUCGCAACACCGAUGGCAGGAUGCCGAACGGGUACUCGCACCACUGGCCCAGAGUCACCAAGACCCCGAGUCUUUCUUAAUGCUGCUUAGCAUCACUAAUCUCGCGAGCGUGUAUGAGCACCAGGAGCGAUGGCCAGCGGCAGAGGCCUGUUACCUGCGCGCUCUAGCCGGGAUUCGGACGACAUUAGACCGAGGGCACCGGCUUCAUCAACAUCUUCAGCGUGCGCUGGCAAAUCUUUAUCUACGACAAGGACAAAUCCAGAAGGCUGAACUGCAUUUGUUGUGCCUGAUCGAUCUUCAACACCGUGCGGCUGCGGAGCACGACCCUGAUCUCCUCGCUACACUGCACAGUCUCGUCUAUGUGUACAAAUCCCAGAAACGAUGGGAGGAUGCACGGCAGACUAUGUCCAAGAUCACGCAGAUGGCCGCUGGGCUUGAUGGCGGAAAUCAUCAGGACACCAUUGGCGCCAGGGCGGUGCUCAGCAGACAUGACACGGCUAUCCAAGAACCAAAAGAAGAACAAAGGACUCUGGUUGAAUCCCAUCCGAAUCGGUCUCCUUCCAGUCUUGAUGCAGCGAUUGGGCUGUUUCUGGGCGGAGGUGCUGUUUGGCUGUCCUUGCUAGCCGGCAAAGGGCCCGGCCACCGUCCGUGAACCUUGAUUGUUUCAUAGAGUGGCAUUCGAGGCUUUAAUAGCAUACUACCUAGCUUUCCACAAAUCUUGUGGGCGGGGAAAUCCUUCCAAGUUGCCUUGUGUCAACUAUCAGUAGGUGGCGU